CUGACAACAAUUACAAUUGUUUUUGUCGAUCCUUUAUGCAAAGUAUAUGGCAUCACAGUUGCUAAUGAAUGAAAAACAAACAAGACGAAACUCGCCAAAAUUUAAACAGCGCAGAAAGUUCAAGAGUGAUUAUUGAGGGGUUCUGGGAAAAACGUCUUUGCAAGAACUGUGUUGUUGUGUCGUUGCAAGAAUGUUUUUAACGAUUCUCUUUCUCGGGCUGACCUUAGCAGGCAACUUCCUAAUUUCACACGCUGUUUAUAACGCAAACAGCAAUGACACUCGCACGAAACUGGUUUUACAAAGGUUGCUUGCGGGGUACGACAAGCGGCUGAGACCCAAUUUUGGAGGUCCUCCAUGUAAAGUUAACAUUUCUAUGCAUAUUGUAUCAAUGGUGCCAAUCAAAGAGAUUGACAUGGAGGCGACAUUCGUAAUGUUUUUCCGUCAACAUUGGCUCGACCCUCGCUUGGCUUACGGUCCCUCCCUUGGAAUGCCUAAAAUGAAGUUGUUAGGGAACAUUGUCGACCAGGUUUGGAUACCAGACACGUAUUUUGUGAACGAUUUGACCGGCAAAGCAAUCUGCGGAGAUUUUAUGUUUGAGCUCUCACAAGAGGGUGUCAUCACGCAUAGUUGCAGACUGAAACUAAGUUUAUACUGCCCAAUGAAUUUGCGCAAAUUUCCAAUGGAUGAACAAGUUUGUGAAAUGAUUUUUGAAAGCUACUCCUAUUCCACAGAAGAGAUAAUCUUGUCUUGGUUGACUGGUGAUAAAGAUUCGAUUGGAGUGUCCAGUGAACUACAGAUCCCACAGUACACUCUCGAGAGAGUAGAAAUUUUCAUGAAAAGUACUAGAUAUAGUACAGGUUAUUUUUCGACAUUGUUGGCAAAAUUCCAUCUUCAGAGACAAAUCGGUUAUUACGUUCUUCAAGAAUUCGUCCCCACAGUUCUUAUCGUGGCUUUGAGCUGGGUUGGUUUUUGGAUCGAUGAGCGUUCGGUUCCAGCUCGGGUAUCGCUCGGAAUCACGACAGUCCUUGCCAUCACCACGCUCAUGUUCGGUAUUCAGUCGACCCUGCCGAGAGUCGGCUACGUGAAAGCAAUCGAUUUGUUUAUCUUGGGAAGUUUUCUUUUUGUGUUCGCCGCUUUAGUGGAGUUUGCAGUGAUCUGCUCUUUUGCAAAUGCAUAUUCGUCGAACAGAGAAAGAGGACCAAAGGAUAAACAAGUUGCAUCACACGAUAACCCACCUGUGAUUUUUCAGGAAAUGAAUGAUGUUGGAAAAAAUUUUCAAGAAAGGGGCACGUUUCGAAGAAUUUUUGAUCCCAAACAAGUCGAAAGAAAUAAUCGCGACGAAAAUUCUAACCACUCUCCGAGCUUCGUCUCAACAUUGACUAAGUCUACAAAACCUUGGUUUUCAAUUAAACGGCGGGCAGGCAAUGCAAGAAUUUCAAACAAUCCAACCUUUUUUCCUAAAAGGAAACCGUGUAAGAUCGAUAGACACUGCAGGAAACUCUUUCCUUUGGCAUAUGUUCUGUAUCUUUUGAUUUACUUCGCCGUUUACUAUUUCAUGCAAGUUUGAGUUCUGGCUAUGUAAAAAAUC